CAACAUGGAAAUCCACCCCAAUAUAGAAAUACCAAAAACAAAAAAACAAGGAAAAAUCACCACAGCACGGAGCACAACAACGACGACGACGACUACGAUAAGCUCCCAAAGAAUGUCAGAAGCAGACAUCCCUUAGUUUUGUACCGACUCCCGGCCGGAAAGAACACAACUAGCUAACCAAGCAAAGUCUUGCGUCGUGCGGCGUCGUACUUUCUUUGAACUUUUUUCAAACUUCCCUUCACAUUAAUCCUUGUCUCUAUAACUACCACCACAUCAUACUCGUACUGCACCUUCGUCCUUUAAAAAAAAAGAAAAUAAAGCAAACCAAAAAAAAAAACGAGUGAAAAACAAAACUUACGUCAAAACGGAUACGGAUACGGAAACGUGCGUGACUUGCAUUCCUUGAGUGAAACAACUUUUUCCCCCAUCAGCCCAAUCAUCGCAUCAUCGUAGUGCAUCGCAAUCGCAUUUGCAACCGCAACCAACCAACACUGCAGCUUUACAUAAUUUAUCAUUUAUCAACUUGUCUUCUUCGUUCUCCGGGUUUUUCGUGUGUUAUAGGUAUUUGCAGUGAAAGGUCACUGACUGAGAGCAAAUAGCAAACAGAAAAGUGUAUUAGGUGAAGCAGAAGAAUUCAACUGCCCUAGCCCAACCAGCCCCAAGGGUAAGGCCACCCCCUUUUUUUCAAAAUCAACUAAAUCAACAAAAACAACAACAACAGAACCUAGUUUACUCAUCGUAUUCGUAAAGUUCUGAACUUAUCUUAUCUAUUGGAUAUUUUUCUGUGUGUUAUUCUACUGAAGAAGUGUAGCUGAUGCAGAUAGUUCGACGAUUUGUCAAUCUGUCUGAAGAAAUUGCCCGACAAACUGCGAUUCCAGUUAACGAUAGCAGUGACACGGGUUUAAUUUUCCUUGCAUAGCGCGAGGGUGGUUUCAAAAUAAUUAUUAUAUUUUACUGUUCUACAUCGAACUACGAACUACGAAUAUAUCGGUGGCGGUGAUGUAAUAGUUCCAAACGUGUACAACACAUAAAUAGUAGUUCGCAUUUAAGUUCGGACUGUAUUAUAUUUUGUUUUCUUCCAAUUAAACGUAUUAAAGUCGUGAGUCCAAUUGACCUCUUAGCCGAACUUUAAUUCCAGAAAUUUGUCUGUUUCGAACGAAUUAACAGUGUACAUUUUUAAUUCUUCGAUUGUCUCAGUUUUCGAAAAUAAAACAAAGAAAGAAUAUUUUGUUUUCUUUUCUCGUGUUUUAUAAUGUUUUGAUAGUUUGACAGAUCCAUAAGAGUAAAAGUGUGGGGGAUUAAUAAAAACAAAAUAUUUUUGAGGAGAAGAAAACAAGUGAAGUGCAUAAAUGUGGUGAAAAUUUGAGUUUACAAAUUAGAAAGAAAUAUUAAGGUGAAAACUUCCGUUUUCUUUGUUCUUGUUGGGCGUCUUUUACACUAAAAACAUAACUUUUUUUUCUUGGAAUAGCUGAAUACCUGAUAAGAAAUUAACACUUUUCUCCAAAAAGAGCUUUAAAAUGAGCAACAGAUCCAUAGCCAGCGAAAUAAGAGAUCUCCGGACGGCAUUCGAUUUGUUGGACAGAAAUCGAGAUGGACGUGUGACAGCAAACGAACUUCAAUUUAUGUUAAAAAAUCUCGGAAUCAAUGUCAGGGAUGAACUCAUCGAUGACCUAAUUAAGGAAGCUAGUCACACAGGAAAUGGGUUAAUAGAUGAAGCGGAGUUCCUUCAGUGGGUCGGCCGAAUUCAAGCUCUGCGCGAUGAAACAGAUGAAAGUACGAGUAAAACAGAUGAAUUGGAUGAUGUGACAGAGGAUCUUAUAGCUGCAUUUAGGGUGUUUGACCGAGAUGGCAAUGGUUUCAUAACACAAGACGAACUACAGACCGCCAUGGAAAUGAUUGGUGAGUCCCUGACUGAAGCCCAAUUAUCACAACUGCUUGCCAUUGCUGAUCUAGACAAAGAUGGCAAAAUCAAUUAUGAAGAGUUCACGAGAUUACUUUUGUAAGAAGAAUCCUUACUCAAAUAAGACCCUAACAAAAAAUAUUAUAUGCUAACCACCUUUUAAACAAUAAAGCAACAAAAACAACAACAAAAAAGCUAAUUUCAUAUAAACAAAAAACAAACAUAAAUAGGGAAGACGAAUGAGGUUUAACAUUAGAGCAUAAGUUAAGUUUAUAACGAAAAUACAAAAGAAAUAAAAUAAAUAAAACAAAUAUUUUUAUGAGUAAAUUUUAUUACAAUUUAAAACUUAAAUAAAUCAAUAUAAUCUUUUAAUAUUAUUUCUUAAAUUAAAUAAAAAGAAAAUAAUAAUAUAAAUCAAAUAAAACUAAAUAAUUCAUUAAACAACUAAAAAUAUGAAAACAAAAAUAUUCGGAUAAGUCUGAAAGUGAGAGUGAUAUUGUGUUAAGAGUGUUGCAAUAAACAUUUUUUCUUUUUAAUUUUUAAAUUAAAAAAAAAUGUAAACGCAAAGCAACAAAAGUUUAAAACUAUGCAAUGAAGAAAGAAAGAAUUACACGUCUACCAUAUUUACUUAAGUUUAAUUUUAAAUAAUAAAAUAAAAAUUAAAUGAUAAAUAAAAAAAACGGUAAAAACAAUAUUAUAUAUAAUUUUUAAGUAAAAUAUCUUUAUUUGCUUUUUAUGUAGAUUACAUAAAUAUAUGUAUUUUUUGAUUAUUAUUAUUGACUACUUUGUUAAGUUUGUGUUUUUAUUGAAAGCCCAGUUGUUAAACUUAUAUAUCUAGUUAAUAUUUUAAAUUAGUCAUAAUCUUAAGCGAUUAAACGAUUUUAAGUUGAUUUUUGAGUUUUAUAGUUUGACCAUCCAUUCUUAAACAAAAAUAAAAGUCACGAAAGAUUAAAAGAAAAGUCCUAGAUAUUUAUGUUUUCUGCACAAAAAUUAAUAUUUUUUAAAGACAAAAAAUGCAAUUUUGCUUUAAUUUUUUUUAUUUUUUCUUAUUUGUUUAAAGUGAAUUUAUUACAAAAUUCACUCACAACAAUAAUGUGGCCUUUGGUUAUUCUGAUAACGACACAAAAGAACAAAGAAACAAAAAACAAACACGAUGUGUAACAAUAAGUUUUCAUUUUAAAUAUCCUUUAGCAAAAAAAAUAAAUUAAAAUACAAAAACAAAAA